AACGCUCAUUCAAUACUCGCUCACUCGAGAAACGUGUUGCUUCGUCGCAGUUGAACGUGAAAGAAACGUAAAACUGACGGCAAGAAAUGGACGAACCGCUACACGAGGAUUUUCUGAAGAAGGAAGAAGAGAAGGAAAGAUGGUUUGAAUAUUGGGUUAUUCUGAAAAAUUGUGUUUUGUAUUUUUACGAUGAUCGUACCGACCUGUGGCAAGAAUAUUGUGAUAAAAUUGAAAUCACAGCGAACGCACGAUGUUCUGUCGUGAGGCGAAAGACGUACAGCUAUAGAUUCAAGUUAGUUACCGAUGAAGGGAUAUGGCUUUUGAAAUGCCAUACCAACUUGCAGAGACAUCGCUGGAUGCAUGCGAUCGAGCUAGCGAUAAAGGAAAUUUCUUCCGGCUCUGAAUCAGCUCGACUUGCGACAGCGGAAGAAUCAUCGCGUGUGUGCUACUUCGAAACAGAUUUAUUUGGAAGGAGUCUCCGACGUGAAAUGCGACAACGUGAAGCGGCGCGCGAAAGCAACAACAACGCAAAUAACACGCUAGAACUCAGUAGGAAAUGCGAUUUGAAGAAGGAAGGAGAGCGAGGCGAAAACAGAAAUUCAAGAAAGAGCUCUAGGUUCAAGAGAAGCGUUAGAAAGGCUUUAUCGCUGCAGCAAGGUCUUGGUAGUCCAGAAGAAAACCUAGCUUUCUCGGACGAUGAAGUCAGCGUUGAUGGUUUUGCAAAGUUUCUAAACAACCAUUCACAACCCGUAACAGGAGUGAAGUUAAUUCGCGUGGUCAGUGCAAAGUGAUCUGUGCCAUCAUGACGGAACUAGUUGUUACAGUUCAAAAUCCGUGGCGCUAAAUUUUUGCGAAAAGAAACUAGGUUACAAAUGUUU